AUGGCCCCUCGCGACCUGCCGCCCCUAACUGCGGCCCCGGUGCCCUGUUACGCCAUGGUGGGUGAGGGGGUGGCAACAGGUGGUUCCUCCUGCCCGCGUGCCCUUCAGUUGCACGCGCAGCUCCGCCCCCGCCCCCCUCCAUGGGGAUGGCGGGGAGAGGGGGAGGAAACUUGGAGGUUCAGGGGGAGGCAGGAGGGGAUCUGCAGCACCAGGUCCCCCACCUUUCUCCUACCUCCCCAUGCUGCCGGAGCAGCAGAGGGGGGGAGGGGAUCUGCAGCCCCCCCCCCCCUUUUCUCCUCCACCCCUGCUGCGGGUGCAGCAGCGGGGGGGAGGGGAUCUGCAGCAGCAGUGGGGGGAGGGGAUUUGCAGCAUCAGCCCCCCCCCCCCCCCCCCCGCCCCCCCUUUCUCCUCCACCCCUGCUGCGGGUGCAGCAGUGGGGGGGAGGGGAUCUGCAGCAGCAGUGGGGGGAGGGGAGUUGCAGCAUCAGCCCCCCCCCCCCCCCCCCCCCCCCCCCCCCAACUUCUCCUCCAUCCCCCUGCUGCGGAUGCGGCAGUGGGGGGAGGGGACCUGCAGCACCUGCCCCCCCCCCCCCCCUUCUCCUCCAUCUCUCUGCUGCGGGUGCAGCAGUGGGGGAGGGUAUGGGGGUGGCGGCAGUGGGGGGGAGGGGAUCUGCAGCAGCAGUGGGGGGGAGGGGAGAUGCAGCAUCAGCCACCCCCCCCUCCCCCCCCCCACUUCUCCUCCAUCCCCCUGCUGCGGGUGCAGCGGUGGGGGGGAGGGGAUCUGCAGCCCUGUGCUGCACUGCAGCCCUGCGCGCCCCGCGCGCCCUGCUGCCCUGCUGCUGCCGCUACAGCCCUUGUUGUUGCCGCUACAGCCCUUGCUGCUGCCCUGCGCGCUCCGCGUGCCCUGCAGCCCUGCUGCGCCCCGUGCGCUCUGCAGCCCUGCGCGCCCUACUGUCCUGCUGCCCUGCGCGCCCCGCGCGCCCUGCUGCCCAGCAGCCCUGUGCGCCCUGCUGCCCUGCAGCCCUGUGCACCCUGCUGCCCUGCUGCUGCCGCUACAGCCCUUGCUGUUGCCGCUACAGCCCUUGCUGCUGCCCUGCGCGCGCCCUGCAGCCCUGCUGCGCCCUGUGCAGCAGUGGGGUGGGGGUAUGGGGGUGGCGGGUGUGGGUGCAACUGCGGGGUGGCGGGUAAGGGGGUGGCGGGUGUGUGA